AUGGUGGGGGCCGGCUCCGCGCCCUCAGCCCUCCUCAGUGACCGCAGCCUGAUUCCACGCCAGGUGGUCCGCCGUGGUGGCGGGAGGGGAGCCCGGAACCCUGCAGAGAUGCUGCUGUGGGUGCUGCUGCUGCCGCUGCCGUGGGCCGGGGCCCUGGCUCAGGAUCCAGGAUUCCAGCUGCAAGUGCCGGAGUCCGUGACGGUGCAGGCGGGCCUGUGUGUCUCCGUGCCCUGCACUGUGUCCUACCCCCAGGAAGGCUGGACCGAGUCUGACCCAGCUCAUGGCUACUGGUUCUGGAAGGGCUCUAACAUUAAGACUGAUCCUCCAGUGGCCACAAACAUCUGGAAUCAUAAAGUGCAGAAGAAGACCCAGGGCCGCUUCUUCCUCCGUGGGGAUCCGCGGAACUCCAACUGCUCCCUGUACAUCAGAGAUGCCAGGGAAUCAGAUAGCGGACAGUACAUUUUUCGGGUAGAAAGAGGUGAUAUGAAAUUUUCUUACACAGCCUAUGUACUCACCGUGCGUGUGACGGCCCUCAACCACACCCCUGACAUCCUCAUCCCGGGGGCCCUGGUUUCUGGCCGCCCCACGAACCUGACCUGCUCUGUGCCCUGUGCCUUUGAGCGGGACAAUCCGCCCACCUUCUUCUGGACGUUGGCCACUAACUCCUCCCUGGUCCCCAGGAACUGCAGCACCUCAGUGCUCACCCUCACACCUCGGCCCCAGGACAACAGAGCCACCCUGACCUGUCAGGUGACCUUGCCUGGGGCCGGAAAGACCCAGAUGAGGACCAUCCACCUCAACGUGUCCUACCCUCCGCAGAGCGUGACUGUAACGGCCUUCCGAGGAAGCGGCACAGCCCCCACGGUCCUGCAGAACGGCUCGUCCCUUCCCGCCGCGGAGGCCCAGCCCCUGCGCCUGGUCUGUGAGGCAGACAGCAACCCCCCUGCCGAGCUGAGCUGGAUGUGGAGGAACUGGACCCUGAGCACUCCGGACCCCAGGGUCCUGGAGGUGCCCGGCGGGCUCCUCAGAGAUGGAGGCAAACUUACCUGCCUGGCACAGAACCCUCAGGGCUCCUUGCACGUCUCCGUGGGCCUCCCUCUGCCGAGAGAGACCGGGCCCGGCGCGGUACUGUGGGCCCUCGGGGGAGCAGGUGUCAGCACUUUGCUUUUCCUGUUCUGUAUCUUGGUCCUCAAAGUGAGGUCCUACAGGAAGAAAGAAGCGAGGGCAAUAGCAGGUCCGGGGAACACAGGCAAUGAGGGUGCAGUUGCUCCGGCGAGGACAGUCUCUCAGGGUCCCCUGGUCGGAUCCCAGCCAGGCAGCCUCGUAGACCAGCCUCCCCCAGCUCUGGCUGUCUCCUCCUUGAAGGAAAAAGAAGAGAUUCAAUAUGCAACCCUGCGGUUUCAACCGGUGAAGCCUCGCGGACAGGAGGAGGUCCCUGAAAAUGAAUACGCCGAGAUCGAGACAUCCACGUGA